GAAGAGGUAGUCAUUAUAAAAAUGCAAAUCAACCUGAACAACAAUCACCAUUUAGUUUAGAUAAAAACAAUCCCCUCGUAGCGUGCGAUUGUAAACCACGACUGAAUACUGACUGACUUUCAGCUCAGCUGCAGUCAGUCGCCAGCGGUCGUGUGUGACGGUUAUUGUCCGUCUGUGUUCUCGGGAAAAGUGGUUUACGAAGAAAUUUACGCGCUUUUAGUCACACGGAAUUUAUUAUCAAUGGCGGUACUUGUAGCGGCGUGCCUCUGGGUGGCGCUGGUGUGUGCGACCGGCGUGAGCGCCAACAACUCGACGUUGGAGAUAUGCCCGUUGGACGCGGGGGCACCGGGGCCCUGGUCCGCGCUGCUCGAAGAGUGGGCCCUCUCCGCGCCCCCCUAUAACGACAGGCAAGGACGCAUCAUGGCGCUGACAAACGGUUACUACGUUUCUGAGCGCAUCGACGGGCCCCUAAUGCCCCCGCCACCACCUCCCCCGCCGCACGGUCCGCCGGAUGACCACAAGUCCCCCGGACCUCACGGAAGCCCGCCCUCGGGGCCGCCGAGGCCGGGUGGUCCCCCCGGAAAUUACGAAGACUUGGCCUUUCACGCCUACCCGCCACGCGCACCAGGCGGAGGCAUGCCUCCUCCUCCUCCCGGCCCCCUGCGACCACCCCACAACUACAACGAGUGGGAGCCCCCCGCUGCGGGCGGCAAGAUUGUGAACCGGCCCAACACAUACGACACUUUCAGGCCUAGCUACCCGGUGCCGCCGCCGAACUACCGUCCGCAGCGGCCGGAGCGGCCGGCGGCGGACCGCGUGGAUGCGCCGCAGCGCAAGCAGGUCUCCGAGACCGACCUCUACCUGCUGGGAGCCAUCGAGAAGCUGGUCUACCGCGUCGACCUCAUGGAGAAGCGUCUGCGCAGGAUGGAGGAGAACGUGCACUAUCUGGUCGCCGGCGUCGACGCCAAGCCGGAGCCAUGCGCGGCUAACUUCACGCGCGUGGGCGGCGGCUGCUAUCACUGGUCGGCGCAGGCGCUGGACUGGAAGGGCGCCAACUUGGCGUGCCGCAAGCUGCGUGCUGCGCUGCUCGAGUUGCCCGACCCCGCCGCUAAGCGACAACUGCUCGCAGCAGUGCUCGCCGACAAACAUCUCAGAGGUGACGAUUUCUGGACGGGUGGUUUAAACCCUGGGCUGCUGUGGAUUUGGUCGCACUCUGCGCGGCCUGUGGAGGGCAACGGCACCAACGACACCAACGGCACCAGCAUCGUGGGCGAGGGGAGGUGCCUGGCGCUAGCGCACGACCCCGCCGGCGGCACCUACGUGUACCGCGGGCGGGACUGCGCGCUGCGACAUCGCUACGUCUGCCAGAAGGAGGAGGACAAAGAGAAGCUCGGCAACGACAUACAAAGGGCCGCUAGGAUUCUUAAAUCAUCGGACGAGAAAAAAGAUAUAAAAAUCUUCUGGAACAAUGAUUAACAUAAAACGCGUCUGUGUUAAAGUUAUAGUAAAUAUUGUUAAUUUAUCAUAGUCGUGGAAAAAGGGUUUAAAUCCGCCUGCUUCAUACAUAUUUGGAGAGAAAGACAAUAUUACUUCAAAGAUCGUAAACUUCAGCAGAAACUCCAAUACAACCGUGGAAAAUUG